GAAGGCGGUGCCUAAAAUGGCGCCGGUAGCGCUUGCGCAUUAGAGGGCGGCUGUCGGAGAGGGGCCUGGUUAUUUCCAUUGUGUACCUGAGGGGAGAGAGUCUUGAGGUGGUCGUGGCUCGCUCGGUGAGCGACGGACCAUGGAACCGGAUCCUGUGGAAGGAGAGGGGUGCGGUAGCAGCCGCAACGAGGGAGCCGGCGAAGUCGCGGGCUCUUCCCCCCCGCUGACCGGACUCACUGCCUCUCAGCGGCGGGCCGAGAUUCGCCGGCGAAAGCUCCUGAUGAACUCGGAGGAGCGGAUCAAUCGCAUCAUGGGCUUCCAUCGGCCGAAGGCGGAUGAUGACAUCCAUUCAGAAACUAAGCUUCAGCUGGAACAGGAUAAACCAAUUUCCCUUCCUGCUCCUGUUUCCAAGCGGAUUGUGCUUGGCGAUACAGUCUGCAGCUUAUCAGGAACGGCUGACCACACGAGCACUUUAGCAGAGCACAAAGGAGAGAAAAUAGACUUAUUUAGCAAAACCCAUGAGGUCGGUAGCGAUGGCAGCAGUGAGCUCCGGCAGCGCAAUAGAGGGGAACUGUUGGAUGUUCCACAGAGAGCACCACGCCAUGGGUUAGACCAGUAUUUAUCAAGGUUUGAUGAAGCGAUGAAGCUCAGAAACCAGCUGAUGAAUGAGAAGCCAAGCCAAGAAAAUGGAAGUGCUGUAGAAGAAUUUGAUUCCUUUCACAUUUUUAGAUUGGUGGGGUGUGCGCUUCUUGCCAUUGGGGUUAGAGUUUUUGUAUGCAAAUACUUGUCAAUAUUUGCUCCAUUCCUUACUUUGCAACUUGCGUAUAUGGGACUGUCAAAGUAUUUCCCAAAGAGUGAAAAGAAGACAAAAACUACAGUAUUAACUGCUGCUCUUUUACUGUCUGGAAUCCCUGCAGAAGUAAUUAGUCGUUCCAUGGACACUUACAGCAAAAUGGGGGAUGUCUUUACAGACCUCUGUGUUUAUUUCUUUACUUUGAUUUUCUGUCAUGAACUGCUUGUGUUUUUUGGCUCAGAAGUGCCAUAAUAGCUGUGGAAUUCACUAUGCUUACAUCAGCAGGAUUAUUUUAGUCUUGAUUUCAUUCACACCCCUCUGUAUAUAUACAAACAGGGUUCAAUCUUUUAUCAGUUCUUUCUUAUUUCAAUGUAGUUUAAUCACAAUUCUGAAGGAAAAGCCACAUUCCCAACUAUGAGGAUGAAUUAUUAUAGGUUAAGUAUUGUAUGUUGAUCUCAAACAUGGAAGACAGAGUAACAAUAUUUCAAGAGCAGGACUUUUCUGCUAGUAAGGAAGACAUUAUUUUCCCCUUUAUUGCAGAUGCUACCUUGUCAUGUAUUUAUAUUAUUUUUCUUUGGGUAUGAACACCCAAGACAACUGAGGUAUUGUGUGGCUGACCGAAUUAGUUAUAUUUCAUGGCUUUGUUCCAGAAUUCCUAUCUGCAACACGUAACAUUGAUGCCCCUAUUGAGGAGAAGGUGGGAAAGCAAUUUUGGUCAAUUCCUCCAUUUCAUGUGCCCUUCAAAACACUGGAAUAAGUACUUUUUGCAGCAACAUAUAAAAUGGCAUAGACAAUUGAAGGGAAAAGUCAGUAGGUAGUGCUGCUUUCCUUCCUUCCUUCCAUCCAUCCAUCCAUCAGAAGCCUAUGCUUGAAUCUUAUCUCUUCCACAAAUGGAAAGAGAUAUACUGUGGAUCCAUCCGGAAGAAUUUCUUAGGAUCAUCCCUCUGUGUUAUAUAUGCCACUUUAAUAUCCCAGUUCAUACCUUUGAGCAAGUGGCAUAUGCUGAUAAAAAUGCUGACAAACUUAGAGACAUCUGGUUUUUGGAAUAUAAUUAGACUGGGUCUAAUUGUUUUUCUGUCUUCUUCAUUAGAGGUGGUAAUGUUCUGUUGAUAAUGUAGAAAGAUGGAUUUAAAAAAACAGCAGUGCAAUCUAACUUGACAUUUAUUUAUGUUCCCAUUUGAAUUGGAAUCUAGCUAUUUUUGUUUACAUGAACUAAUGGAAUAUGCUGCAUUAAAUGGACACUGCAGAUUGAAAAACUGAUCUUUGGGUUAUUAGCCCUUUGAACUUUUAUGUGUCACCAGAUUUAUUCAUCUCUUUGGCUUUUCAGUGGAUCUUAGAUUUUGUUCUUGUAGUAUAAGCUAAGUUAAGCCUCGAAAUCUUAUUCCAUAUAUUUUCUUUUCAAUAACAUGUGCAUGUGAUGUUCAGCAUCUUUACCUAAACACCAAGGUACACUGCAGCUCAAGAGGGUGCAAAUUAAUGUUUUACCCCAAUAUUAGCCAAGUGUUUAAUUUGCAUAAUGAUUUAGAAGACAGGUAGCAAAGGAUAUGAUCUGUUAAUAUUGGAAUGCUGAUUUUAAAAUAUGUGAUAUAAAUUGAUUCUUAUAAAUCCAGCUGAAAACAAUUACUUGAAGCAUCUUCCACUGAACUUAGCAAAUCCUGAUGUUCAUUUUUGAAAUGUUUUGUCUCUUGGCCUUCUCCACAGUCAAGUGUUAACUUAGCUUUAAAAUUGAUAGCCCUUUGUAGUUUCGUAUUUAUGCAAGUAAUUUCUCAUAUGUUUUUCAUCUCACAUUUAUUUAGCCAAUCACAGUUGCUAUAAUCAUAAAAUAUGGUAGAUUUUAUUAAUCUUAAUUUGCAUUACAUUUUAUAACUCAGGGGCUGAGGGAGAUGUGUCACGUGUAUUUGCAGUCCUUUCUUAUGUUACAAUUCUUCCCUAGCUUCAUCAACUCUAAUUCAGUGUUAUGUACAUGUAGCCCAUUCUCAGUACCUGUAAGUGGUUCUAUCUUGUAAAGAUUUGGAAAUUAAUCUAAGAUGGAAAUUACACUACUGUGGAAUCGUUUCAUUAUUCUGAAAGAUGAAAGAUUUUUUUCUUGGCUUUUAAUUUUUAGAAGUAUCUACUAUCCAAGUAGCCAGACUAAACUGGAAAUUUCUUUUGCUUCUAACUUAACUGUUGUUGUUACAGACAAUGUAAUUUUACAGUCUAAAUUAAGAUAUGAUUGGGCUUUUUUUAACUCUUGAAAGAAAGUUAAAUUGGCUGUUUUUUUAUAACAGACACAUAAGUUUCCUUUUAUUAUAAUUUCAGUUAUUUCAUUUACUGAACCAAGCUUUACUGCUGCUCCCUGAAAAAAGUGUUUUGGAGAGUAAGUCAUGGCUGAGAUGCAUAGAAAGAAAAGAGCAUAUUUUGGCAUUUUGGCAUCACAGGUCCCCUGGGAAAUGCAAAGUUCCAUUCAGUUAAAAAACAACUUUGUCUCUUAACAGCAGGAACUAUGAUGGCAAUACCAUUAUGGAAAAAGUCUAUAUUAGGUUCUUUCUCUGCACACUUAAUAUUUCCGAAUUCCUAUAAUUCCUAUUUUUUUAUGAUGGACCUUCAAAUAUUGAUAAAGUAACAUAAAUCUAAGACCUAGUUUGAUAUAUUUUUACUUCAAAAGUCACAUGUAGAGAACAAUCAGCCCCAACUCUUGACAUUUUGAGAGUCUCUCAGGCAUUUUUGCCCAAUGACUGCUAUGGUGAAUGUAGCCAAUCGCAAAAUCUCAUUUCUGACAGUGCUGGUGAGGCCAAAAAGAAAUUAUCUUGUCCAAAACCCCAGGUACAGGAUAGACUGUGUUUUUGGAUAGUGAGUCCAGAAGACAAAAAAAUUCUAGCACUCAUUCCAUAGAAGGUAAAACUGAUAAAGUUCAGAGAAAAUUAAUGGCCUACACAUUUACAACCAUGGAGAUCUGAGUCUCAUAUUUUCCCCAAAUGCUUGCUUCAUAAAAAGAAAAAUUCUGAUGUUCUAAAACCACCACAACAAAACCCUUAGCUAUUCAUCCAUCUACACUUAAGGAAAAAAAAAAAGGGAUGGGGUCAUAAACAAAAUUCAAGUAAAAAAAAUCCAAACAAAGCAGCUAACACAUAGCUACUGCAUUGAAAAGUGUGCACAAUAUUCUCUUAAGUGUGACCCCUUUCUAGGGAUACUGCUAGUAUCACUAUAUCUGCAGAUUUCCAGCAUUCUCCUCAUUUUUAAUAUAUUUUCUUAUUUAAAUGCAAAUAGAAAAUAAUUGCGCAGAGAGCCUGGUGGUUUAGAAGUAAGUUCCUGCAAGCACCAUGAAGGAGCAGCUCUCCCUUGCCUUCUAAAGUGUGUAUAUGGUGAAAUAACAAAUAAUCAAGCUGUUCUGUGUGUUUCCUUUUCCAUGAAUUGGAGUUUCUCUGUAAAAUCUCACAUCUGUUUUUCUAUGUAAUCAUUUGUACAUUGAUUCUGUUAAAUGCAUUGAAGCUAUAGAUGUUACCAUUAUUUAUGCUUUGGCACUAUUUGAAUAUAAUGUACAUUAAAAUGUCUGCAUAGGUCGGAUGUUUUGUUAACUUUCCUUAUUUAUGAGUUAGUAAUUUAGUACAGAAUGUUCUGGUUCUAAGAGGAUUAAGGAAAUAAACCAAACCUUUUUAGCUGAA